GCAGGCGCAGUCGGAAGCCGGGCUGCGCGGCGCGGCAGUGUAGCGGCGGCUCCUGUACCCCCAGCGCGGACCUAAAGGGGCUCGGGCCGCUCGGGCCGGGAAUGGCGGCGGCGGCCGAGCCCGGGGCCCGCGCCUGGCUGGGCGGCGGCUCCCCGCGCCCCGGCAGCCCGGCCUGCAGCCCCGUGCUGGGCUCAGGAGGCCGCGCGCGCCCGGGGCCGGGGCCGGGGCCGGGGCCGGGGCCGGGGCCGGGACCCGAGCGGGUGGGCGCCAGAGCCCCGGGCCCCGCUGCCGCGCCGGGACACAACUUCCGGAAGGUGACGCUCACCAAGCCCACCUUCUGCCACCUCUGCUCCGACUUCAUCUGGGGGCUGGCCGGCUUCCUGUGCGACGUCUGCAAUUUCAUGUCUCAUGAGAAGUGCCUGAAGCACGUGAGGAUCCCAUGCACGAGUGUGGCCCCCAGCCUGGUCCGGGUUCCUGUAGCCCACUGCUUCGGCUCCCGGGGGCUCCACAAGCGCAAGUUCUGUGCUGUCUGCCGCAAGGUCCUGGAGGCGCCGGCGCUCCACUGCGAAGUGUGUGAGCUGCACCUCCACCCCGACUGUGUGCCCUUCGCCUGCAGUGACUGCCGCCAGUGCCACCAGGAUGGGCACCAGGACCACGACACCCAUCACCACCACUGGCGGGAGGGGAACCUGCCCUCGGGAGCGCGCUGCGAGGUCUGCAGGAAGACGUGCGGCUCCUCUGACGUGCUGGCCGGCGUGCGCUGCGAGUGGUGCGGGGUCCAGGCGCACUCCGUCUGCUCUGCGGCGCUGGCUCCCGAGUGUGGCUUCGGGCGUCUGCGCUCCCUGGUCCUGCCCCCCGCGUGCGUGCGCCUUCUGCCCGGCGGCUUCAGCAAGACGCAGAGCUUCCGCAUCGUGGAGGCCGCGGAGCCGGGCGAGGGGGGCGACGGCGCCGAUGGGAGCGCUGCCGUGGGUCCAGGCAGAGAGACACAGGCAACUCCGGAGUCCGGGAAGCAAACGCUGAAGAUCUUUGAUGGCGACGACGCGGUGAGGAGAAGCCAGUUCCGCCUCAUCACGGUGUCCCGCCUGGCCGGUGCCGAGGAGGUGCUGGAGGCCGCACUGCGGGCCCACCACAUCCCCGAGGACCCUGGCCACCUGGAGCUGUGCCGGCUGCCCCCUUCCUCUCAGGCCUGUGACGCCUGGGCUGGGGGCAAGGCCGGGAGUGCUGUGAUCUCGGAGGAGGGCAGAAGCCCCGGGUCCGGCGAGGCCACGCCAGAGGCCUGGGUCAUCCGGGCUCUGCCGCGGGCCCAGGAGGUCCUGAAGAUCUACCCUGGCUGGCUCAAGGUGGGCGUGGCCUACGUGUCCGUGCGAGUGACCCCAAAGAGCACGGCCCGCUCUGUGGUGCUGGAGGUCCUGCCGCUGCUCGGCCGCCAGGCCGAGGGUCCCGAGAGCUUCCAGCUGGUGGAGGUGGCGAUGGGCUGCAGGCAGGCUCCACCCUGCAUCCCCACGGGCCCUGGGGGCUCAGGGCAGCUGCUUCCGAGGUGGGCGAGGAGCUGGGUGCUGACGGCCUGUGCCCUCACCUCUGCAGUCCAGCGGACGAUGCUGAUGGAUGAACAGCUCUUGCUGGACCGGCUACAGGACAUCCGGCAGAUGUCCGUGCGGCAGGUGAGCCAGACGCGGUUCUACGUGGCAGAGAGCAGGGAUGUAGCCCCGCACGUCUCCCUGUUUGUUGGCGGCCUGCCUCCCGGCCUGUCUCCCGAGGAGUACAGCAGCCUGCUGCAUGAGGCCGUGGCUACCAAAGCCACCGUGGUGUCCGUGAGUCAUGUCUACUCCUCCCAAGGCGCGGUAGUGUUGGACGUUGCCUGCUUUGCGGAGGCCGAGCGGCUGUACAUGCUGCUGAAGGACAUGGCUGUGCGGGGCCGGCUGCUCACUGCCCUGGUGCUCCCCGACCUCCUGCACGCGAAGCUGCCCCCAGAUAGCUGUCCCCUCCUUGUGUUCGUGAACCCCAAGAGUGGAGGCCUCAAGGGCCGAGACCUGCUCUGCAGCUUCCGGAAGCUACUGAACCCUCAUCAGGUCUUCGACCUGACCAACGGGGGUCCUCUUCCUGGGCUCCACCUGUUCUCCCAGGUGCCCUGCUUCCGGGUGCUGGUGUGUGGUGGCGAUGGCACUGUGGGCUGGGUGCUUGGCGCCCUGGAGGAGACACGGUACCGACUGGCCUGCCCGGAGCCUUCUGUGGCCAUCCUGCCCCUGGGCACAGGGAAUGACCUUGGUCGAGUCCUCCGCUGGGGGGCGGGCUACAGCGGCGAGGACCCGUUCUCCGUACUGCUGUCUGUGGACGAGGCCGACGCCGUGCUCAUGGACCGCUGGACCAUCCUGCUGGAUGCCCACGAGGCUGGCAGUGCAGAGAACGGCACAGCAGACGCAGAGCCCCCCAAGAUCGUGCAGAUGAGUAAUUACUGUGGCAUUGGCAUCGACGCGGAGCUGAGCCUGGACUUCCACCAGGCACGGGAAGAGGAGCCUGGCAAGUUCACAAGCAGGCUGCACAACAAGGGUGUGUACGUACGGGUGGGGCUGCAGAAGAUCAGUCACUCUCGGAGCCUGCACAAGCAGAUCCGGCUGCAGGUGGAGCGGCAAGAGGUGGAGCUGCCCAGCAUUGAAGGCCUCAUCUUCAUCAACAUCCCCAGCUGGGGCUCGGGGGCCGACCUGUGGGGCUCCGACAGCGACGCCAGGUUUGAGAAGCCGCGCAUGGACGACGGGCUGCUGGAGGUGGUGGGCGUGACGGGCGUCGUGCACAUGGGCCAGGUCCAGGGUGGGCUGCGCUCUGGAAUCCGGAUUGCCCAGGGUUCCUACUUCCGAGUCACGCUCCUCAAGGCCACCCCGGUGCAGGUGGACGGGGAGCCCUGGGUCCAGGCCCCGGGGCACAUGAUCAUCUCAGCUGCUGGCCCUAAGGUGCACAUGCUGAGGAAGGCCAAGCAGAAGCCGAGGAGGGCCGGGACCACCAGGGAUGCCCGGGCGGAUGCUGCGCCUGCCCCUGAGGGCGAUCCUAGGUAGGGGUGGCUGGGGCAGCCCAAGGGCUCGAGCCGUCUCUGCCCCCGCCAGCCUUGUUUUCAGGUGGUCUGGAGGCAGCUCCACGUCCACACGGUGGCCGGCCCUGUGGUCGGACCUGGCUACAGCCCUGACCGCAGCAUCUUCCCAGUGACGGAGCGGGACCAGCCCUCAUCCCAUUGGUGACACACGUUGGUGUCACAGCCCUCAUCCCACUGGAGACUGGCGUGCGGGUGGCAGUGUUUCCCCGUGUCCUGGGUGGGCGCAGGGCUCUGGAUGGCGAGCCCUCUGCCCUGUGGGGGCCUGGUCCUCUCCUCAGGGGUGGGCACCCAUCCCUCUCCCCACUGAGCCCCUUGAGCUGGACAGUGCUGGAUGCAGGCCAUCCAGGUGGGUCUGACCUCACUUUGUGCCCCUCGGGCCGUACCCCUGGCCAGUCCUUCAGAGCAGCAGGCUCCCUGGUGUGUCCCUGCCCCAGCAGACACAGGCUGCCAGUCCCUCCUGCCUCACCUCCCCUCCCCGGGCAGCAGAUGUGGGCAGCGUGUGAGGCUGCCGGGUGGUGGUGACUGGUGACUUCUUUGUGUUCGGAGAAGGGAGAAGGUGCCUUCCCUUGUUUUCUGGCCUUGUUAUAUACAGAUGGCAGCUUGGACCUCAGGUACAGCUCCAGGGGCAGGCAGUGCCCAGCUGGACCUGGUGGCCCUUUCCUAGUGCCUCUGCUGGGGGAGGAGAACCUCUGUCCACGUGGAGGCUAGGAGGUCUCAGGUGCUGCCCUGGCAGCACCAGAGUGUGGGCCGGGCCCGAGUGUCUGCCCCUCGGCCCUCAGGGUGGUGCAUUUAGCACCCAGAAGGGACCAAAAGCAGGGCAUGGCGGUGCAGAGGAGUUUGGGAGGUGUAAACAGCCCCAUGCAUGUGGAGGAGGAGCUGGCUUUCAGCCCCAGACCCCACGCUAGCACUUUCCACGCUGCUUGCCCGCUGUUGAUGUGCAGUUCCCAGUGCCUGUGUGAGCCGACAUCUGCUCAGUCCCAUCCCUCGUCAGCGUGUGGAGACCCAGCUCCUGCAGCGCCCCUGCUCCCAUGCCCCCAGACAGCUUGGUGGAGGGUCCUGCAUCUGGGCCAGGCUGGGGUGCACCCAGCCAAAGACAAAGCUGCCUCCACGUGCCCCAGGAUUCAGAUGGCGCACUGGCCCCGGGAGGAGUCUGACCAAAAAUGGAGCCCACUCUGUGGGAAGCCCCGACUCCCCCCACGAGAAACGGUCCCAUAGUGCGGAUCUCCCCCUUCCCUCGUGGGGCACAGCUGGCCUGGGCCUCCGAUUCUGCGGAGCUUUCCUGGGUGUGGCUUUGACCUCAGAAGUGGCUCUGGUUUGGCCUCAGGAGUGUGUGGCCUGGCCCAGCCUGCUGCAGCCUCCUGGGGGGCCCUUGAUGCCACUAAUCUCCCGACCCCCCGCUUCUGCCAAAACUGCACAGACACACGCAUUGUAAGGCUGCUUGUGGCCUCCAGCGUGCACUCUUGUUUACGUCAUUGUCAUCUUCAACACCAGUCCUUCGUGAUUACUUUUGCGUCGCGAGCCCUGGUGUGGACUGUGGUCUGUAUGAAUCAUGUGUAACUGUGGUGAGGGGCUUGUCCUGUAUGUGAGUCUGUACCCAGGUGGGGUCUGUGCCCUGCACACCGGGCCCCUCUAUUUAUCGCUGCCUGAAUGCAACAGUAAUUUAUAUCCAGGACAAAUACAGUCUGGGCGUCACUAUC